CUGAGCAAGUCAUUGUACCAGACGUUUUUCAAAUGUAAAUCCCAAAGGGUAUAGGUAUACACGCAAAUGGCUUAUUGCAAGGAAUGAGAGCCCUAUCAGCAAUGAGAGUCCUAGCGCAUGCUCUAUGCAUAUAGGCCUACACGUACUUCGCCCACCAGGUGCGAGCCACCGAGAGUGUUAUGAGCUGAUCGUGGUUAUGGACUGCAUGUUUCUAAAUUCAUGUUCCACUAAUGACAGUUGAGAAUCAUUUUGAAGAAUAAGGAGAAACCAGUGAGCAUUUGUCGAGAUUAAUCAACAGUAAGGGCAUUCAGUCAGCUUCUCAGAAUUCAGUCAGCUUCUUGGAGAUGGCUUCUAAGCACGCUUACAAACUGUUUUUCCUCAUGCAGUCAACUGUCUUUCUUGCUCUCCUUAUGUAUUAUUGCUACACUCCGCAUCCUACCAUGUCACAUCAUUGCAAACAGCAAGCGUCCAUCAAAGCCUUUGACGUAGUCUCUCUAUGGAGAAAGAAGAACGCACGAGGGCCACUGUCCAAUUGCACCUUCAAUGACAUUAUGAACAGACCUGGAGUUGUGUUACUGACGACGACCAAUCUAGGCUUUCUCGAUAUGACGAUAAACAUGCUGGAGAGCAUAAAAAAGAUCGGUAUUUGUGUUUACACCGUGAUUGUUGCAGAGGACAAGAACGUUUACAGGUAUCUGCGCAGGAGAACCGAGAUAGAUCCAGCAAUACACGUGGAGAUGACUGACUCCGGUGAAGUGCAAAGUGACCUGGUCAUGAGCACCGAUCACCACCGUUACUUCAGCUUGUUAAAGAAGCGCCAGGGAUAUAUUCUUAGCCUUCUGGAUCAGAACCUGGAGGUUCUCUUCACAGAUUCCGACACCUUUUGGUUCCAAGAUCCCCUUCCGUACUUCCAAGGAGACUUCGAUAUGUCUAUGAUGGAUCCCAGGUCGCCUUAUCCGACUAGAACUAACAAGUCACACUACUGUGCUGGUUUUGCUUACUUUAAGCCAACCACGGUGACGAUUCAGUUUGUUAAGAAAUGGAUUACAUUUAUGGAAGGGAAUGACUAUAUGGAUCAGAGCGUCAUGAACAAACUGUUGCGAGCUGAUCAACCGGUGCACGUCAACAUCAAGCCACUCGACAUUAAACUAUUCCCACCAGGGCCCAAGUUUUACGAGUUCCUGGAGAGGAACGCCAGCUACUCCGCGGUUGUUAUGCACGCCGCCAGUAUCCAUGGGCACGAUGCCAAGGUGCGAAGAUUCAAAAGUUCCAACAUGUGGUUGGUCAAUAAGACCAGUGACGAACUGGUAGCCCUUGAGCAUUCUCUCAAUGUUUGAUAACGAGCAAAUAGUAUUUUCCUGAUUUAACCUGGUACUUAAAUUUUAAUAGUAUACAAAAUAUUGAGUGGCUCUGCGUGGAAUGGGAGGAAUAUUAUCGCAAGGUAAAAUCUGGACUUUUCCAUUU